AUGCCAUCACCGUCUCCAGUCUCUCUCCAGACUAUUCAUUCUAUCACACCUCGCCACUAUCAAGAAGAAAUAUUCUUACAAGCACAGAACGGAAAUGUCAUCGCUGUCCUUGAUACCGGGAGCGGCAAGACAUACAUUGGCAUCAUGCUCAUCAAGUGGACCGCAGCGCAGGAGUGCAAUCGAGGAAAAGCUAUCAUAUUCAUUGUGCCGAAGGUGCCAUUGGUAGAACAGCAAGGUAAUUUUAUCGCAAAACAUACCCCAUUGCGCGUGAAGCAAAUACAUGGAACGACCGCGCUGGACAUGACGGACCGCAGUGGAUGGAAAUUUAUAUUCGAUCGUUCAGAUGUGCUCGUCAUGACCGCCCAGAUUCUUCUCAAUCUUCUGACGCAUUCGAACUGGAGCCUGGAAAAGGUAUCCCUCUUAAUCAUCGACGAAUGUCAUCACACCAGGGGAAACAACCCUACAAACGUUGUCAUGAGAGAUUUCUAUCGCCAUGUACCCAGGGAGCAGCGUCCCAAAAUAUUUGGCAUGACAGCCUCACCAACCUGGCGGACGACUAAUCCAGAGCAGAGUAUCGCCGCGCUGGAACAGAAUAUGGAUGCGAAGGUGAUCACUGUUAUGCAUCACGCGAUCGAACUUGAAAACCAUGCACCAAAACCCACAGAGAUCAUUCAUCGGUAUCCGGCCUCCCAAGAAACUUAUUCUGAGUAUCCUUUGCCCACCAUUCACAGCCGUUUUGAUUGGUCCAAAAUCCCUGCCAGCGUUGAUAUCUCCUGGUCCAAAAUCCAAGCAAGAUAUGACGUGGCUAUGGAAAGCCUCGGACCCCUUGGCGCCGAACUUUUCUUGUACUCCCACCUCCGGCAACGUAUUCUUCAGCUUUUGGUGCCAUCUGUGUCCGACGAAAUGGAGAUCUUGCGCGCACAGCUCCACGACGAUAGUUCCAUAUCAACAUCAACCCUGACUUACCUCACGAAACAGCUUGUCCCUGAAAUGCGUGAGAUCUACGAACUGGUGGAAGAAUAUGCACCAUUGUUCGAAUCUGUUGAUGACAAUCCGGACCUACCUGAUUCUUGGUCCUUUAGUUUGGAAUGGUGCUCGCCUAAGGUCAGGGAACUCGCCGAGAUUCUCACAUCGUGUCACACGGCAAAUUUCCAAGGAAUUGUAUUCGUAGAGCAGCGGCAUAUUGCAGCUUGUCUGGCGAAACUUCUUUCUCGCAUUCCUCAGUUGCGAGGAAUAGUGUCGUGUGCAGAAUUGGUCGGCCAUGGGGGCGAAACCGGAGAUCCACUCCUUGAAAUGCAGGGUAAACGGCAGAGGGAGAUCGUUGAUGCGUUCCGCCAGGGAAAAAUAAAUCUCCCUACACCGGUUGCGGAGGAAGGACUUGAUUUUCCGGCAUGUGACGUCGUUAUUCGCUUCGACGCCAUCCAUCACAUGGUUGGAUAUGUGCAAUCGCGCGGCCGGGCUAGGCACAAAACGUCCACCUUCAUUGUCAUGGUGCAGGAAGGUCAAUCUGCGGAAUUGGAAAAAUAUCUAGCGUUUUCCGGGAAGGAAGAAGAGAUCAAAAAAGUGUAUCAACAAAAUGCUAACGCUUGUCGACGAGAGGAAGACGAAGACACUUACAUCCAUCCUGACGAUCUCUUUGCUCGGGAGCGAUAUACCGUACCAUCUACAGGGUCUACACUCACCUACGACAACGCAAUAAGCCUAUUGAACCGUCUUUGCGCCCUCAUACCAUGCGACCCGUACACCCCUCCCUUAAUACCGUCUUUUUCAGGCGACUUCGUCUCUACUGUACGGCUUCCGUCAGCUUUGCCGCUGUCGAUGGAACAGCUGAUCUACACCGGUCCCAAAAAGCAAUCAAAGAAAGAGGCCAAGCGAGCCGCCGCAUUCAUCGCCGUCAGGGCGCUACACAGGCUUGAUGUUUUCGACGAUUAUUUGCUGCCAGCACGUAAUGCUAAAGAUCGCCGAGGUGGUGCAGAUGAGGCGCUAACCACAGAUGUCGGGUCUGUUCCACCCAUCAUGGAUGUUGUCGUUCGAGAUCCGUGGACCCUUGGACAGAAGAUGUGGACACAUGCCAUCAGCCUUGAUGGGAGGUGUGUGGUUGCUCUCGUCACUGGUACGGAUCUGGGAUCACCCGUGGAAUUGACCUGGGACGGAUGCGUCGUUCGGACCCAUCCGCCUGUGCCUGUCCAAUUUGACAUCGACGACGAGCGCAGGCAGCGCCGAUUGCUCCAAGAGUUCACGAAGUUUGGCUUGUGGUGGUACGUAACUAGUCGACCGAUCGAUUUUCCUUUGUCGUGCUAUCUUGUCCCGUUCUCCGCCGAGACGAACCAACCGGAUUUUCAGGCCAUGGAACGUAUUCUCGAAUACCCAUUCGGAAACUACGACUGGACAUCUGUCAAUGAGGAACAUUACCAUAGAAUUUUGUUUAGGAAUCGACACCGGCACGCACACAUGUAUGUCCUUCGCCGUAUUCGUCACGAUCUGACGCCUCUGUCGAGACCACCAGAAGGUUCAUUCGAAUAUGGUUAUGAGACCUACCGUGAUUUCUACUUGGAACACCAGAGAGUCAAAGUGAAAGGCUCUCUUCCCGAAAUACCUCUAGAUGGUCCUCUUGUUGAGGGAUAUCGUAUCAACAGGCAGGUCUCGGGCACAUACCAUCUCGAUUCUUCCCAGUUGACCACAAAGAUUGAUUCAAACUUGAAUGCGCGGGGGAAUUUACCACAUUUAGUUCCUCUAUCUCUGUGUACAUGGUACAAUAUCUCGGAGGAUAUCUAUAGGGCAUUUGCUCUUCUACCCCGACUCUUGCACCGCGUUUCGGAUGUCUGGCGUGCUCGUGGUGCCCGUUUGGAGUUGGGGUUCCCUGCCAUUAAAAACGAUCUCCUCGUUGAGGCUUUCACAAUACCGGAAGCCAACGCAGGCUUCAAUAAUCAACGCUUGGAGACCCUUGGUGACGCUGUACUCGAGCUUUGCACAUCCGUCCACAUUUACAACAAGUUUCCUCGCCGACACGAAGGGCAGCUCUCUGAUCUGCGCCAGCGGUAUAUAUCAAAUCGGUAUUUACUAUCUCGCGCGAAAGACAUUGGUCUCGAGCGAUACCUCACCAGUGAGGCACAGGCUAACAAGACCUGGAGGUAUGUUAUCACUGAUGCUUCUCAAGACUAUGCCCAGCCCCAGGCACGUCGUUUUGCGAAGCGUCGGUUUGCGCGGAGGAGUUUGCAGGAUUGCAUGGAGGCUAGCCUCGGUGCCAGCUUCUUGACUGGCGGCAUACCGGUGGCUUUGCACAUGGGAGCGGCACUAGGCUUGAAUUUUGGCGGCACACUUCCUUGGUCUAUUCGAUAUAGUCGUCCUCCGGAGUCAGCACCCCUACCGGCGCUUUUUUGCCGAUUGCAGGAAGUGUUGGGCUAUGAGUUCCACCGCCCAGAGUUGCUGGUAGAAGCUAUGACGCAUACCUCGUUUUCGUCAAACGGGACCUCUUAUCAACGGCUCGAGUUUUUAGGAGAUGCCGUGCUUGAUUUGGUGGUCAUCGCUUAUCUGUACAAGAAGUUUCAGCAUGCCACUUCGCAUCAGCUUGCCUUGCCACGAACGCGAGCCGUCUGCGCACCAGUCCUAGCGUCAAUCGCAGUGAGACGCCUGGGCCUUCACAAAGUCCUAUUAUCCAACAAUACGGAGCUUAGUAUUGCUAUCAGCCAAUAUGUGCCGAUCCUCGAAGAAACAUCUACUGAAGAGAUGGUCUUGAAGAGCUGGGCGCAUGAUCCACCAAAGGUCAUCAGCGACGUGCUCGAGAGCCUUGUGGCCGCCAUCCUGAUCGACUCUGCUUAUAACUUUGAAAAGACUUCUGCUGUCGUCGAAGAGCUCAUGCAGGAUGCUCUGGAUGCGCUAUCUCCGGAUAUGCCCCCCGACCCUGUAUCUGCGCUCAUGGUUUGGGCCGCUCGGUCAGGGUGCCGUCGCAUAUAUCUUCGGAAAUCGCGCGGUCGACCGGAAUCAAAACAAAAUGACACUGUAUGUGUCGUUGUUCACGAUACUGUCGUCGCAGGCCCUAUGACAGCGUCGAAAUUAUCUGUGGCCAAGGCGUUUGUCUGUGAAAAGGCUUGUAUGAUCUUGCAAGAUGCCAGAUCUCCCCGAUGUCUACACCAACUAUGCGAUUGCUCUCUUUCUACAAGCGUCACAGCAAAAGCCAACGUGAAAACAACAUACGUCGCGCUUGACGGAGAUGACCCAGAGAUCUUUCUGGAUGACAGCACGGAGGAGGGUUUCGAAGCAUUGGCUCAGCAAACGCUGACGGACACCGGUGGGUCGAUGCCUCUGAGGACUGAAGACCCAGGUGAGCCAGGAGAUGAUCAGAAUUCAGAAACGGACAUACUGCUGGAAGAACUUGAGGUCGAGCAGAUGAUUCACGCGGUUCAUGAAGAGAUGCCGUAA